CUGUUUUCAGUUUGUGAUUGUCGCCGAUCAUGUAUGGAAGUUAUUCGCGUAUAUGAAACAUGUGCUGGCUGUUAUGUGUUCGCCGACCGUCGAUGUUGUUAAUGUUGUGCGUCCGUCUGUCCGGUUAUAAUGUCAAAUACGUUUACUGAUGUAAAGAAAUCGGAAACCAAGUCAAACCCUCAAUAUUCGCCUACCAUCCGCAUACACGCUGACCUGUUCGAACCAACUGAAAGCAGAUAUCCCGUGUUCAACUAUCAAAAAUUGCUUCUAGAAGAAAAAAGACGACGUAGAAGAGAUCAACAGUCAAAUUCAUUUGAAGAAAAUGAUGAUCUAGUUAAAAACAUAGCUGAUCAUUUUGAACAAAAAUAUGCUUCUAAUAAUGUCAAGAAAAAGAAAAAGAAAAAAACAGCUUUCUAUAAUUACUCAGAACUUGCUGCUGGUUAUGAUGAGAAUGAUUCAUUUAUUGACAAUACUGAACUAUUCGAUGAAGUUAUGCCAGAAGAAGUUGAAACAGAACAUGGAGGUUAUUAUGUAAAUACAGGUUCUUUAGAAUUCAAAAAAGUAAAUGUAUCAGAAGAUUCUAAGGAACAAAAAUCUAGUCGACAAAAGAAUGUUAUCAAUACUGUAAUAUUAGAUGAUAGUGAUGAAAAACUGCCAAGCUUUGCUGCAACAAAUAACUCUGAUAAAGAUUCACCCCCUGAAUCAAAGGCUUCAGACACUUCUAAAGGCUUAUCAUCUAGUUCUGAAGAAGAAAAAGAAUGUAUAAAAUCAAUUGAUCAGCCAACUGUUUCUACUAAUGGAAAAACAAAAAGAAGACAGUCUUUUGAUUCUGAUAGCAACAGUUCUAUAGUACCUAUUAAAAGGAAAAGAAUUAUUACCGACAAACCAAUGCAAGAACAAAAAGUGCACGCGCCAGAGUCUAAGCCAAGUUGCUCAAAAGAUACUCAAUUGUCUUCAUCUCCAAUAGAACCUACACUUGAAAAUAAUGUAAGCACUGUCAUUGAAUCUGUGAUAACCGCAGCAUGUACUAAAGUACAUACUACUAAUCCAUCAUCAAUCAACAAUGAUAAAGUUUUAGUAGAAAUCAUUGAGUCACUUAAGACUGAAGCUCAAAUAGCAACUCAAAUGAAUCCUCCAAAAGAACUAUUCUCUGAUCAAAUGAACCUUUUAUUAUUAAGUCUUGAAUAUCAAAAAGAGUUAUUUCCUUUUGAUGCCAAUUCAAUUUAUGCAACGUUAGCUGAGCACAUGUUGUGUGACAAAGAAAAACUUGUUAAACAAGUAAUUAAGUUGGUUGAUGGAGAAGAAGCAAAAAUUUCUGAUCUUGUUAUUAGGUUAAAAAAUGCCAUUGAUAAAUUAAUGCCGUCUGUAGUUGAACAACAUAGUAUUGAUUGCCAAACAGUCAUAGAACGAAGAAAUGUGAAUGGAACUCCAGUUGAAGGAAUGAAAUUAAAACCUGGUCCAAAACUUCCCCGUCGUAAAUUUCCAUGGAAUGAUGAAUUUAGAAAUUAUCUACGAGAGAUUAUUAAUGUACGAACAACUACAUAUUCAAAAAUUAAAAGAAUAGAAUCUGUGGAUGUUUAUAUUACAGCAUUUUUAAAUAGCAAAAUAAAGCCAUUGUGGCCAGCGGGAUGGAUGAAAGUCAAUAUUCUUUUAAAAGAAAUUAAAGCCAAGGAUUUUAGGAUAAAAACUACUAGAAAACAAGCAUUACAUAACAGUCCUACUAAACUGUUAAAUGCUAUCAAAAUAGCUUCUGAACAUAAAGUAUCCCAUUCAAGUAUGACUAACAAAACACAUAAGUGGUGUAAGCAGAAAUCUAGUAAAGUUCAAGACUCGAGUAAUGAGUCGAGUUCUGUAAUAACUAGUCAUACUACUACAGUUCCUGUCCCUACAACAUCAACUCAUAAUUUUAAGCCCGUUCCGAGUUCGUCCAUUUCAGUUCCCAUAAGUACACCAAAUAAUGAUGUGUGUCCAUAUAAAGCUACUAUUACUACAACUUUAAAUGGAAAUACACAAAAAGAAACUGAGAGUAAUAGUGUUAUCGUAAAAACUAAACCACAAACUGGAGAUAUAUUGGAUUUGUCUCCAAAUAAGGCCAGCACUAUAUCGUUUGUGUUAAAUAACUUAAAAGAUGUUUCAGUGAUUAAUAAUAAUUCACCUCAAGAGAAAAACGUCUCUGGAAAACCGGACUUGCAGUGUAGCCCAAAACAAUCACCUGUUAGUGUAGUUAAUCAUUCAAUGUCGCGUAAACAAAGAUUACUUCAAGAGUUUCAUAAUGUUCCUCUAUCUGAUCAACAAAGUUCAUUGCCUAAUAGUUCUCCAUUAGAAAGGCAUUGUUCAAAAGCAAAAAAUGAAAUAGUGGUAUCGUCGUCAAACAAAUUAGAUAGUCCAAAAGUUGACAUAAAGCCUACAGCUAAGGAUAUUUUGAGCCAAAUGAUUAAUGAUUCUCUUAAAGACAACACAACGCCAUUGCAGUCUCAAUUGACAACGCCAUUUUAUAAACCUAGAGAAGAAUCAAAGUCACCUGCUUCAGUGCCAAUAAAAGUUGAAUAUCAAGAAUCUUUGCUAAGUGAUCGAAGUUCAACUAAAACCCCGUUCAAUAACAACCGGGCUUCAAGCACUGAAUUAGUUGAGAAGCAAGCACAAGACAUGAUUAAAGAAUUAUUAGUAUUAAACCAACUAUCUUCAGGAUCAUCUUGUUCAUCGCGAACCACUAGAGAAGAGGAUGUUUUUAAAAAGCACUCGCCUUCAAUUACUAUGUACUCAUCAGCCCAUAAUUUUGAUUCAGUGGUAAAUACAUCAUUAGGAGUCAUUCAUCACCCCAGCUAUAAAAAUACAUAUAACACAACCGUUAGCAGUUUUGGAAAGGCAACGACUGAUUUAACAAAAGAUACUUCAUCAAUUGGUAUACCAAAAAUGAGUUUUGGAUUUCAUGAUGUAAUUCACAAACACAUGGUGAAAACUGAAGAAACAAAUUCACUUUCAACAUCGGAUAAAUAUCAAAAACAUGGUGUUGAGCGCUACAGUAUAUUACCAAAUAGUCCUGCAACUCUUGAUAAACUCUCAUAUCAACAAUUCUAUUCUUCAUUAAAUAAAAAACCAAAUUCUGACAUGAGCCAUAACUCUUUCAAAUACAGCAAUAAUAAUAAAUAAAUUUAAUCAGAGCAGAUUGUGCAUUUUUCCGAAAUAAUAUUAGAAGAGAAGUUCAUAUUAUUGCUUAAAAUAUUUUUGUUUUGAGAGCUAUAUUGUAUCUAAAUUCGAUAUAACAUUAUAGUAAAGACUGUAUGAAGUGUUUUUUUGUAGUUUUAUCAACUUUUCUUA